AUGAGCAAGAAAGAUGCCUCAGCUGAAGAAGUGACAAUGACGUCCAGUCAUAAGAUUUCCUUUUCUAUAGUUGACAUAUUGGAUCCGAACAAAUUCAACAGUAAGAAGGUAAACGAACUUUCCAUCAUCAAGGAGAAGUUGUUACCUGCGCCAAACGCGGAGAGAACAACUUUGGAGUCGGACAGCACUGCAGGUGGAGACUCCAGACUCGAGCGCACAGAAGCAGAAGAUGCAAGAGAUGAGCAAUCUGCACUCUCCAGGCAUCCCGAAGUUGUUGUAGACUCCAAUCUGCUCUCCCCACCUGCGGACACGGAGCCCUGUCUGACCGGGCAACAGGACAGUGGAGAUGGGGAGUCAGCGGUCACCUUGCAGGACCAGUCAACGCACAAGCGCCGGCGCCCGGACCAGGCCUGUGCCAAACCACGGCGAGCCAGAACAGCUUUCACUUACGAACAGCUUGUGGCCCUGGAAAACAAGUUCCGCGCAACUCGGUACUUGUCUGUGUGCGAGAGACUAAACCUGGCUUUGUCACUAAGUCUGACCGAAACCCAGGUGAAAAUCUGGUUCCAGAACCGGAGGACCAAGUGGAAAAAGCAGAACCCCGGGGCGGACAGCACCUUGCAGCCCGGCUCCAACUCCCUUAUUAAUGUUAGUCCGAACCCAGCCACGUGUGGGUCGAGCUCUGCCAGCUUCCACCAAACUUUCUCCAACUUCACCUCUGGAAAUGUGAUCUUCCACGCAGCGGGUGGUGUUCCGCUUUCAACCACAGGAGGGCUCCUGCAUCCCUUCAUGUCCAGCGGAUUCGUCCAGCCGUCUUACUUUAAUCCACAUUUAUAA